UGGAGCUGGAUGUACUAUGGCAAAAGUGAAGACUGCAAUGCAGUUAACAAUGACCUGCCACCUUAAGCUCUGCAGGUGAUAAAUUAACACUGUGAUAACAAGAGAUUAAUGUCCAAGACAAAAUCUUGCACAUUUGUACCAGUCAAAGUUCACUUUAUGCAAUCAACUGUACAUGGAGACGUGAUCCACACCCUGGGAAUACUUCACCAUCACAUUUCAACUCAUUUCAUGGUGCUCGAACACCAUCGUCCCUAAGCUGAUGUGCUGUUUUUAGCACUAUUGUUUACAAAAUGUCAGAAAAUUUGAAAAACAUCCUGGAGGAAUGGAAAGGUCUGGAAGAAGAGUAUCAGCAACUUCAGGAGACACACAGAAUGUAUUUAAAGAAACUGGAUGAACUUUCCAAACUGCAAAGCAACUGCUCUUCCUCUAUCUCCCGUCAGAGGAAAAGACUGAAUGAGAUAUCCCAACUGGUGAAAAAAUCCAGCAAAGGGUCAUCAGAAGAAGAUGCCAAGAUUCUGGAUGAAAUAAAAGAGAAAAUCAAGAUUCGACCAAAUGCUUUCUUUCAGAUGGAGGCUUUCCUUCCCAAGAAAAAUGGCCUUUACCUCAGUCUGGUUCUUGGAAAUGUGAAUGUCACGCUUUUCAACAAGCAGUCAAAAUUUGCUUACAAAGAUGAAUAUGAGAAGUUCAAGCUGUGCCUCACAGUCAUUCUGCUGCUGUUCUCCUUCAUUUGCUAUUUCUUUGUGAGCUACAGAUUUUCUGACGUAAUCCUCAAUUUUCUGCUGGUGUGGUACUAUUGUACCUUAACUAUCAGGGAGAGUAUCCUCAUCACCAAUGGCUCCAGGUCAGCACCUCCAAUCACGAUCAUCUUUUUCAUAAAUUGCUACGACCUAUUUAUUAAAGAACUUGUGCAUUACAGAAUCAAAGGUUGGUGGGUUUUUCAUCACUACAUAUCAGCGGUUUUGUCCGGUGUAAUGCUGACUUGGCCAGAGGGAAACCUGUACCACAUAUUCAGGAACCAGUUCCUCGCCUACUCUCUGUAUCAAAGUUUCGUUCAGUGUCUGCAGUGCUAUUAUCAGAGCGGAUGUCUGUACAGACUGCGAGCCCUGGGAGAAAGACACAACAUGGAUCUGACUGUUGAGGGAUUUCAGUCCUGGAUGUGGAAAGGGCUGACAUUUCUUUUACCCUUCCUGUUUUUUGGUCAUUUCUGGCAGCUCUUCAACGGGCUGUCUCUAUUCAGAAUGGCUCAGCUCCCAGAGUGUAAAGAAUGGCAGGUUUCAGUGUGUGGGCUCUGCUUCCUUAUUCUCUUUGCGGGAAACUUCUUCACCACUGUUGCAGUCGUGCGUCAGAAGCUAAAGACCAGGAAUCAGAAGCCAAAGAGCCUGUGAUGCAGAAAAUUAUUACAAGGUGGUUAGCAAGAAGGUCCUGAGUUCAAUUCCACCAUCAGGCCGGGGUCUUUCUGUGUGGAGUUUGCAUGUUCUCCCCGUGUUUGCUUGGGUUCCCUCCGGGUACUCCGGCUUCCUCCCACCGUUAAAUGACAUGCAGAUUGUUGGGAUAGGUUAAUUGAUUAAUCCAAAUUACACCAUAGGUGUGAAUGUGAGCGCGAAUGGUUGUCUGUCUCUGUGUGUUAGCCCUGCGACAGACUGGUGACCUGUCCAGGGUGUACCCCGCCUCUCGCCCUAUGACAGCUAGGCUCCAGCGCCCCCCGCGACCUUGAAAAGGAUAAGCGGAAGCGAAUGGAUGGAUGGAUAGACUUAUGACAAGUGUAUUGCCUACAAUAUCCAUUGUAUGCAUUGUAUUGUGUAAAAUGACUAAUCACUCGCAGUUAAAUGUUCAGUUAUGAUCCACAUCACUUACAUGUUCAGAGACAAGCAUCACUCUCCAACAAAGUCAUUAUUUUACAGAUUUUCUGCAAUUUUGUUUGUAGCCCUUAAUGUUAUUUUCACA